ACUAGAAUAUAGCGUUAAUGUAUUGUAUAUAUUUGUAAAUUAUAAAUAUGUCAUACUGCAGAGUCAUCUAUUUUAUGUACAUCAGUUUUCUCCUGGUGUGAAACCGACUGAUGGUAUUUUUUCAAAAUAUCUGAACAAAACUUUUAUCAUCGAUAGAAAAUAGUGGAAAAGUUCAAAAACUGGGCUGGAUAUGACAGCGUAUCAUUAAUGAUGGUUAAAAAGUGAUGAUUUUUUAAGUAGGAAAGCAUAAUCAUGCAAGCAGUAAUCCAAAGUACCCGAACCGGAAUUCAAUUCUAUACAUAAAAGUCUACAGAUCUGUUUUUUCGGGACCAUAUGUUCUCAGCAUUCCAAACUCCAGGAAACAACCGAUAACAAUAUUUUCAUUCAACUCAACACCAUCAUCGUUAAUAAAUAACACGGACAGCAAUUUUAAUGGUCCCACGUCCAAUAUUUAUGGUAAAAAUGCCAGUAAAAAUAUUAUUAGUACUAUUGUCACUUCGAAAAUGAUGUCAAGUUAUAACGAUGGUUUCAAAAAAGAUAAUAUAGAUGGUUUCAAAAAUGACAGUAUAGAGCAAAAGUCUAGAUUAAUUGACAAUUCAACCUCGACAACGGAAAAAACACUUAAUUUGUUUGAUAUUAAAAGUCCUGAUUGGAUUUUACCAAUUUUUUUUCGAAAUACAUCAGAGCCUGAAGUAAACUGGAAAUAUGAUUGUCAAGGAGUAUUAAUUAAUCCAAAAGCAGUUCUGACUGUCGGAUAUUGUGCACAACCUUUAAAUCAGGUGGCAUACGCUAUUGGAACUUUCAGUCGCAAGAUUGAUAGCAAUGAAAUAUAUGUAAACUACGAUCAACUUCAUAGUGUUUCCAAUAUAACUGAUUAUCGAACGUACAACAUAUUAAAAUUCUGUUAUUCAGGUCGUGACAAAAAUAAAUGUACUAAACCUGAAUAUGGUCUAGUUGUCAUGAUACUUGAUAGAGCAAUAAAUUCUGUCAAUCCUGUUGAUAUAUCUCCAACAUCAUUGAUGACAUUACACGAUCUAUAUGAUGACACUAUUGAAAGAGAAUGUAUUCACAUAACAUUCACACAGUAUCCUAACGCCGAACUUUUUGCUCAACGGGAUAUUUCAGAAAAAACUAUAGAUCGCCCGACGUUGUUUGAAAAAUACAGUGCGACUCUAAAGACCCUCAAUAAAUCAGUAAUUAAUGGAUCGUUCGAGUUCGAUCCAAAUAACAGUCUUUUCGGUACAAUCGAUAAUUUAAAAGUAAAUUCAACGGACGACAAAUACUUUUUAUUGGGAAGCCCAAUAGUAUGCAGAGUUUCCGGUAAAGAAACCGGAAACUUUUCACUGGCGGGAUUAUUAGCGAAUUCAAUGUACUCCGGAAUUUACGAGUAUACGAAUAUCCAUCAUGAAAUAGAGUGGAUACAAAAAAAACUAGAAGAAAUUUCGUCAUGAAAAAUUUUUUUUGCUAUCGCAAUUUCACGAGUAUUAUAAAUUUAUUGUUA